CAAGUAAAAGAGCCUGUCAUCAAAGCAGAUCAGGAAGGGAUCCGUUUCACGGUUAUUCUGAUCCUUUUUCACUCUCCAAAACCCUAAAUCCCUCUCAAUUGCCAUGAACCCUCCACCCACCACCAGCUUCCCCCUGAAGGGCGAAUGCGGCAACUGCAGCUCGAAGGAGCGGCGCCUCCUCCACCGGCUCUGGAUGCGCGGCAUGAACCGCCACCUGUGCACAUCCUGCGUCCUCCGCCUCCAUCCCUCCUCCUUCUGCCCCUCCUGCUUCGACUUCUUCGACCAGCCUCUCUCCGUCACCUCCUCCGCCUUCGCCCACCGCUUCGUCUCAUGCACCAAAUGCUCCUCCCUCACUCACCUCUCCUGCCUCCCUUCCCCUCCUCCUUCCCCCUUCCUCUGUCCCCCUUGCUCCCAACAAACCUUCUCCUUCUUCCCAGAUUCUACCGCUCCAUUAGAUAAACGCCGCGCCAUCAUCCUCCUCUGCGCCUGCAAGAUCGCGGCGGCAUCCGUCUCCAAAUCCCUCGCCCUCGCCAGGACCAGAGUCGAACGCACCGUCCGCGAGGCCGCCCUGGCGAGAAAGAGGGCCAGGGAUGCUCUUGACCAUUGCUCCAUCGUCGACAAGAUCAAGCGCCUCGGACUUGAAGGCACCUUCGAGGCUUCAAACAGCAAGUACUUGGGAAUGAAUCAUAAUCAUAACAAUGUUGUGAGUAAUAAAAAAGAAGAGCUCAAUGGCUUCGGGGGAGGUCAGGGUAAGGUUAAAACUGAGGCGAUGUCCUUGACUCCCCCUGUCAACAAAAAUGGGAACAACCACGCCAAAUUGCCGAAUCGAGUAGCGUAGUUCAUGUUGCCUCUACUAACAUUUUGCUCUGGAAAAACCAUUCGGAUUUAUCAAGGUAGAGGAAGAGAGUGAGUGUGUUCUAGAGUUUUGCAGUGGAAUUCUGAGUAAGAACACAUUUUAUUUGUUUUGGGAUUUUUUUUUCCUCAAAGCAUACGGCUGAUUCGUUUCAUUAUCCACUCCAUUAUUCCCUUGUAAAGCCUCCGUAGUAUUGUGAUUAUGCGACUCUAUUUCAUUUUAAGUGCCCCGCCUGUAAUUACGUCAUGCACAUUUUUUGUUGUUCCCUUUGUCAGUAUCAUCAUAUGUUAGUCCAUUUUCUUUUUAGUUCCUAUAUUAGGUGACUGAUGGUGAGUGGUGACAGACUCCUCACACUUAAUUUUGGUUAUCUUGGAUUUAUUAGCUAUCAAUUUUGGAAUUGGUUGGAUUUAGGGUUUCUUUUUUCAUUGGGUAGAUUUUAGAUUAGACUUGGGCCAUAGCAGAUUUCACGUUUGAUCAGCUAUGUGUUGCAUAUAUUUGAGAACUGGUUAGUAAUUUGCUAGAGUUGCUGUUUGUAUUCAAUUUAAUGUCAGGUUUAGGUUUCAUAUGCCUAAUAAACUGUUGAAAAUCAACAGUUUCUCCAUCGGCUCUUGAUGUUCCGUUUUAAUUCUCAUGGUAAAAGUUAUCUUGUGGCCUUGUUUACCUCUUUUUUAGAUAAGUUAAAAUUUUAUUGAAUUAAGAGUGCUAGUGGAUGAAAGCAUAAGGGAUGCUCAGCCUAGCACCAAAAUGAAAGUACAGAAAAUGCUAAAUUCUGCAUAAUAUGCAAACUAAAAGCACAACAGGAAAACAUUCACCAAAGGCCUUGAGCAAAGUGGCCUUGCAUACCAUUUGAAAUGGCCAAAACAAAAGAUUAUCUUUCCAGUACUAAUUCAAUGACUUGAAUUUUGAGUGUAAAAAUACUUGACACGUGGCCUUCUGAGAAAUAAAAUCAUGAAUGUUAGUCUUUAAUGGAAAUCUGAAGUUUCUGUUUUUUCGAGGCAGCUUAGUAUGUAUAUGCACUGCAUGGCCUGGGGAUGUCAUGCUGUUAUUUGUGUUGCUUUCUUCUCAAACUGGCUCUUGAAUGUUUUGUGUGAGUGAUGAUGUUCAAAUUGUGCUCAUAUUCUGCUGCUAGCCUCACAGUUGAACAGCCCCCUUUCUCCUAUUAUUUUCUUGUGCUGGCGGCAUUUGGGGGGAAGGAGGGUGGAGAAGGUGGUGGUUUAAAUCUGCUUAGGUCCUAGAUCAAUUAUUAUCACGAGUAUUAUGCUCCACAGACAAUUUAAGAUGCUAUUUGGUCUGUCAUUUUGGACUGAGUAAACCUAUUAAGUGGUGAAUGGUAAUGAGGCAUACAAGGUCAAUCUUCAUAUGUCUAUUGAGUAUUGAUGGUUGAUAUCUUUGAUAAAGAGCAUUCAGAACUUAAGGUGUGGUGACGUGGAAGCUACUUUAAAGAAUCUGCUAGAGUCACAAAAUAAAUCAGAACAAACAUCAUUCUCUAUUUUUAUUGUGUGAUAGUGUAGAGAGAGGUAUAAGGUCCAAACCCAACAAGGAGGGGAAAGCUAAAUCAUUUAAGAGUCUAGUUUUGAUUUGAAAAUUUCAGUUUAAUCCUCAUGAACGUAAGGAUUGUCAUACUUUCUUAGAUCCUAGAUCUAUGUACUUAUGGGGUGCGGAUUAUCUGCAGUUAGAAGUUGGAGAGAGAAGGGAAGAUCAAUCUUUACCCUUAAAUCAUCACAUUUUUUUUGAAUAUUAUUCCUAGAAGUGCUAUUCUCA